AUGACCGUCCAUCAUGCGUCGGCGCUACUCGUAGCGACCAUGGUGGUUCUUCUGCUCUGCCCGGCAGCACUGCCAGCGGCAGCGGAUGCGCCCGUGAUGUUCCGAUCUUCCCGCCGCCUCACAACCUCCCAGAGCCUUGGCCUGAUGAGCCAUCUGCAAUCAUGGUUUCGUGGCGGAGCGACCGCCGGUGAGCAGCAGGAACGCUCUCUGGUCGAGCAGGUCGAAGGCGGCGCAGGCGCAGGCAGCGCAGGCGCAGGCGUCGGGCAAGGACCCAUCGACACCAGUGGCGCAGGCGAAGCACCCGCCUACGCUGGAGGCAGCGGAGCGACAGACCAAGGGGCCCCAGGCGGCGCAGGCCCGGCGGCCGCCAAUCAAGGAUCAACCGACACCGGCGCAGGCGGCGUCGCCCACGGUCCAGGAUCCACUGACGCCGCCGGAGGCGUUGGCGGCGCAGGCGCCGCCGAAGGACCCGCCAACGCCGGCGCAGGCGGCGCAGGCGGCACGCCCGGCGGUCAAGCACCUGCCGACACUGGCAGCCUAGGCGCCAACCAAGGCCCCCCCGACCAGCCUGAUGCCGCCGCCGCGGGGCAUGGCGGGAAUCGCGCGGAGCCAACGUUGGGAGUGCGCAUGCGGGACUUGGUGGUGUGGCGGGCCGCCAAGUUCCAUCUGAAGGCGCACGAAGCCCAGACGCACAUGGCGGCCGGCAAGACCAAGGCGGCCGAGGCGCACUUUCUCGCUUCGGCACUGGAGAAUGCGACAGACGUAGAGGCUUCGGCCGAUCUGGCGAGCAGUUGCGUUGAGCAGAUGGGGUUGGUGGGAGAGAGCGUGGAGGAGGCAGCGGGGCUGAUGGAGAGCGGCGGCGAGGACGUGAAUCUGCCGCGCAUCCACCUCUCCAACGCCGUCACGCUCGCGCUCGACUGUGCCGAGGGAUUCGACCUCUUCGCGCCGGGCAGCUCCCGCGACCCGCGCGUCAAGGCGCUCCAGGAGGCAGCAAUGGAAGCUCGUGCGUUGGUGAUGGAGGCGCUGGGGCGAGCGGCGGACAUGGCGGCCAUGAUCGCAGCAGGCGACGACACUGCUGCUGCCGCCGCCGUGCCUUCGCCCUCUCCCACUCGCCGCCGCCUGGUGCAAGCCACCACGACUAGCAUCGGUGGUGCGGGAUCUACCGCCACUGGCACAGCCGGUGCCAUCACGGUGGCCGACCCGCACAACUCCAUCCCCGAAACCAGCACUACGGGCACCACUAGUACUGGGAAUCCGGGCAUCAUGCCCGGCGGCGGCAGCCCCACGUCAGCCAACAACACUGCUGGGGCUGCGGUCACGGCUUACCCGAAGGGCUUCAAGGGGCGCUAUGUGGUGUUCAUCCAGCCGGGCUUUUACCGUGAGAAGGUGCUGGUCAACUCCACCUGCAAGAAUGUCACGUUGCUGGGGACCGGCGCUGCCUCCACUGUCAUCUCGUGGUACGACAACGCCACUGCCGGCACCGGGACCUUCCAGACACCCACUGUUGCUGUGGACGCUACUGGCUUCGUGGCCAUCGGCAUUCGCUUUGAGAACACCGCAGGGAAGGCUGGGAACCAGGCAGUGGCUUUCCGGCUGACGGGCGACGGUGGGGCCUUGUACGAGUGCGAGUUCAUUGGCUGGCAGGACACACUCUACACGCACGGCGGGCGGCAGUACUACCGUAACUGCUACGUGAACGGAUCGGUGGACUUCAUAUUUGGCAACGGCGCGGCCGUGCUGGACAACUGCACAAUCCACAUCCGCCCACACACGAACGCACCCGUCACGGCAUCAGGAAGAACUAACUACACUGAGAACACGGGCAUUGUGCUGCUUAACUCACUGAAUACAAGUGGCUGGCUGGACUGGAAUGGAGUAGUGUACAAUACUUCCACGUUCAUAGAGCAGGGCAACAGUGGGCCGGGGUCAGUGGGGCCGCGCAUAGCGUGGGCACUGCCGGGCAUCGUGACUGACCCUGCCCAGGUCGCCAUGUACUACCCCAACACCUUCCUCGCCCCCUUCUCCUCCAUCGCCAACCUCAUUCCCUUCUCCUGGCUCUAA